AGUGUUGCUGGCAGUUUAGCAGUAAAGUAGUGAAGUAGUAUUAAUGGAAAAGAUGCUUUCCUUGGCUGCGGCUGCGCUGCUGACUUUACUGAUCGUGUCAGAGAGCAAACAGAAGGACUUUUAUACUUUCAAAGUUGUCAACAGCAGAGGAAAGUUGGUAUCACUGGAAAAAUACCGGGGCUCGGUGUCCCUGGUGGUAAACGUCGCCAGCGAAUGCGGCUUCACCGAGCAACACUACAAAGCCCUGCAGAAACUCCAACGGGACUUUGGGCCGUAUCACUUCAACGUGCUGGCGUUCCCCUGCAACCAGUUUGGGCAGCAGGAACCUGGCAGCGACAAGGAGAUCGACAGCUUUGUGCGUCGAGUCUACGGAGUAUCCUUCCCCUUGUUUAGUAAAAUCGCUGUUGUCGGAACCGGAGCCAACAACAUCUACAAGUACCUCUUUGAGUCUUCUGGCAAGGAGCCUGACUGGAAUUUCUGGAAGUAUCUCAUUGAUGUCAAUGGAAAAGUGGUGGAUGCAUGGGGACCAAAGGUUUCUGUGGACGAAAUCCGUCCAAAAGUAGCUGACAUGGUGCGGGAAAUAAUCAUAAAGAAGAAAGACGAGCUGUAAUGUCCCGCGCCACUCUUUUUGCAUGAUGAGAUUUGAAUGAAUUUGUUUAGGAAACGAAUGACGAGAGCAUCCAACUUAAGACCUCCAGAAAGCACUGAUGAAUCACCAUGAUGUUUUCAAGUCAAUGUUACAUUUUCAGUUAUUGGUACUUUUUUUUUUUUUUUUGGAGUGUUUUGGUUUAGCAUUGAUUUUGAAUUGUGAAAUAAAUUGGUUUUAGCAGGCUUGGCUGAACAAUUUAUGUAUUCAAGAAUGUGUCUUUUGAGAAGAUACUGUAGAUCAGGGGUCCUCAUCUUUUGUAUUGUUUAGCCUUUCUCAGUGUUAACUGACUUAUAUUACCUGUACUGCAGCAAGCCACUAAAGUCUUGCAUCAUGGGAAAAUCCCAAACCGCCCCACCCUUCACUACAUCAUGUAGGAUGGACUGCAUCAAAAUUGUGAUGUUUCGCCUGAAAGUGCGUAGAAACAGCGUUUACUUAGUUACAAAGUAUAGCGUUGACAUCGGCUUCCCCGCUACAUUGACCGUAAUAAGAUCGUAGACUCGCUCAAGACUCGACUGGACUUCGGGACCAUAAACAAGAAGCUUGGUGAGAAAGAGACCACUACCGCCACUGCCCAGAAUGACAAGGGUUAAUGAUGUCAACAGAGUUUGGAGCACAGUCCGCAGCAAUAAAAGCAUUAGUAAGACACUUUGCUGUAAUGGAAAGUUUCCUUGCUCAAGAAGCUUGACAGUCAGCACCUGAAUGACCCGCACAAGGCUUGGGAGAAUGUGAUGUGACCAAAAUGGAGCUCUUUGGCAUCAAAUGGACUGGAGGAACACCAUCCUUGAGGUCUAUGUUUCUCUGCUAAGGGUACACGAAGACUUCACCACACUGAGGGACUGAUGUACAAGGACGUGCAUCAUAGAAUCCUGCAUGAGAACCUGCUGGUUUGGGUUCUCCAGCAAGUACAAGGCCACAUUUUGCUUACACAAAUACAGCUGGAAUUAUAAAAGGAUUUUCUCCAACAAUGAUUCUUUCAAACCAAUUUUGGCAAGAUAUGCUAGUCUUUGUAUAGCAUUAAAAAUAAUGGACUAUUCAUAUUGUAAUAGGUACACUUACAAAAUAAGCUCGCUCGUCUCUCCCAAAAAAAUGUCGUCUUUCCCAGGAUGUGAUUGCUGUUGGACAUGAAUCCAGUGUUUGUCAUGACACAAUCUAAACAACAAACAAAAAAUAAACAGUCAUUAAUUCUUUAUUUCACAUAAACAUUCACAUGAUUCAUGAUCAUACCAUUGCUUAUAUCAUCCGAAGACAACUUCAAUGUGAUAAACCCAGCACGUGACACAUAGAAACUGUAUUUCUGGUCUUGCUACAGCACCUUGGCACCGUGAGGCAGCCUCGUUUUGCAUUCUAAAAACACAUUCUGUAAUAUUUUUGUGUGUGUGAUUAAAAAAGAGAUGUUUUUAGAAAAAGAG